AUGAGUUUAAGAAUUAUAUUGAAACGUGAAUUUUCACAAUGUAUCAGAGUACUUGAAUCAGGGAGCAAAUCACCAACUAUAGCUAAUCGAUUUCAAGCUCAAUAUGGUAAUAAGAAUAAUAAUCUGAAAAGAAACACCGCCAACAAUGGUACUGGUAAUGGGAAUCGAUUUCAUAAUAAAUAUAAUAAUGAAUCACGCCGACCUUAUCCAAAGACCAAAUAUCAACAACAACAACAACAACAACAACAACAAAGAAAACCACAACAACAUCAACAAUAUAUUAUAGAUCCACGUAAAAUCAAAUUUGAUAAUGGUACAGAACUGGCAAGAAAUGCUAUUGAAGAAAUCAUUAAUCGAGUAUAUCAAUUACAAAGAAAUUAUCAAAUUCAAUUAAUUACUGAUUCAGGAUUGAAAAAAUGUCAUUUAUCAGAAAUAUUACAAAAAUUAGAUUUAUCAAUAAAUGGUCUUCAAUUGAUUGAUAAAUCAACAACAACAACCGCAACCACAACCACACCAACCACUAAUACUAGUGAUGAAGAUCUUCCAUUGAUUAAAAUAAUCACUGUUCGUGAUAUGAUUAAUCAAUAUUCCACAUAUUUAAAUAAUUUAAAACAAUUGGAAUUAAUUAAAUUAGGAUCAUCGAAAACAUUAAAAACUUUAGAUAUAAAAUUAAAAUUAGAACAAAAAAAAUCCACUACCAAAGAAAUUUUAAUGAAAUGGAGUAUUAAUAAUAAUGAUUUUAAAUUACAAAAAACUAAUGAAAUUAAAAAAUUAAUUAAUAACAAUGGUGGUAAUGGGAAAUCAUUUUUAAUUAAUAUGGUUUAUAAUAAACGAAAUACCAAUAAACCUAUAGAUACAAUUUUUAAACGUCGUUCAAAUACUGAAGAAGAUGAACAAGAAUUAAUUGAAAUAGAAUUACAAAGAAGACAAUUAUUAAUUGAAAAUUUACAAUCAUUAUUAACGGAAUUGAAUUGUAAAUGGACAAUUGAAGGUGAUAUAAAUACUAAAAUGACAUUUAAUGUUACACCAAAAGGUCAACCAACAACAAUAGAACCCAGUACGACUACGAAUAUUGUGGAUGAAGAAGUAGAAGAUUAUAAUAAUAAUAAUAAUGAUGAUGAUGGUGAUUGUGAUGAAAAGAAAAUGAAUAGAACAGAACGUAAAAAACGGAAAUCUGAACAACAAAAACAAAAACAAAAACAAAAACAACAAAGUAAAACUAAUACUAAUAGUAAUACUGCUAAAGAAGAAGAUUUAGAUGCUUUAUAUCUGUUUAAAAUUGAAGAUUAA